CUGCUGCUUACCUAAACACACGUUACUCAUAGCCUCAGUCCCGCCGAGUGGGAGGAUCACAUACUGUCCUGGUUGUUGGAGCAGAGCAGGUAGACUCGCAGGAAGAGGAGGGGGGGCAACAUGGUUUUUGUGCCUCUGCUCUGUCUGCUGUGGCUGCGGCCUGGCCUCGCCGCUCUGAUCACUUCUCCAUUGGAAGAGCGUCUUCAUCACUCCUCCGGUCAGAGAGACACAGUUUCCUCUCCUGGUUCUUCUCCUGACGCCUCAGUGAGUGGGCGGCUGCGUCGGUCGGCUCUGAUGCCUGAUAUCACACAUCUGGAACUGCUGGUGGUGGUAGGACCUGACGUCCAGCAGGUCCACAAGCAGGACACCGAACGCUACAUCCUCACCAACCUCAACAUUGCCUCAGAGCUGCUGAGAGACGUGACCCUGGGCGCCAACAUGAGGGUGCACCUGGUCCGCAUGAUCAUCCUGUCAGAGCCAGAGCCAGAGAUCCAGAUGUCGACCAACAUCACCUCCUCUCUCAGGAGUGUGUGUGACUGGGGCAGGAGGAUAAACCCGUCCAACGAUUCAGACCCGCUGCACGCUGAUCUUCUGCUGUACAUCACAAGGUACGACCUGGUGCUGCCUGAUGGGAAUAAGCAGGUCAGGGGUGUAGCGCAGCUGGGUGGGGCUUGUUCCAGCGAGUGGAGCUGCGUGAUCACAGAGGACACAGGCUUUGACCUGGGGAUCACCAUCACUCAUGAGAUUGGCCACAGUUUUGGGAUGAACCAUGACGGAGUGGGAAACACCUGCAGCAGGAGUGGCUUCAUGAUGGCGUCUGAUGGAGGCUACAACAGUGUGGAUCUGACCUGGUCGCCGUGCAGCAGACAGCAGCUGCUCUCAUUCUUCAGCGAAGGGAAAGCUGAAUGUGUAAAAGACCUUCCAGCACUGGGAGGCUCCCUACAAGACUGGAAGCCUGGUUUAUAUUAUGGAGUGGACGACCAGUGUCGUAUAGCUUUUGGUAGCGCGGCACGAGCCUGUUCCUUCAGGAAUCCUGACCUGCCAGCUUGCCGUGCUCUGUCCUGUCACGUUAACCCUGAUGAUGACAGCUCCUGCAAACGGCUCCUGGUUCCUCUGCUAGACGGGACUGAGUGUGCACCUAAUCAGUGGUGUUUGAAGGGGCAUUGUGUGUCCUUGGAUGAGCUCAGCUCCUCUGUGGUGGUGCAUGGCUCCUGGUCCAGCUGGUCAGAGUUCUCCCCCUGCUCACGGACAUGUGGCGGGGGAGUCACUCACCGCACGCGGAAAUGCAAUAACCCGAGGCCUGCUUUUGGAGGGAAUGACUGUGAGGGGCCGGAUAUUGAGGCUGAACUUUGUCACCGGCAGCCAUGUGAGUGCACUCAGCUGGACUUCAUGGCAGAGCAGUGCUCCCAAACAGACCUCCACCCCCUCUACCUGCUGCCCAACACCGCCUCCUUCUACACCUGGAUCCCUGCUGUAGGAUUUACACAAGGGGACGAGCAGUGCAGGCACAUGUGCCAGUCAGACGGAGAGGACUUCAUAGUGAGCCGUGGAUCUCACUUUGUGGAUGGGACUCGCUGCGAGUCAGACAGCCCGCCCCCCUUCGGCUCCACAGCAGCUUGUCUGAGAGGGAAAUGUCAGCUGUUUGGCUGUGAUGGUGUGUUGCACUCUGGGAAAGCGCGGGAUGUGUGUGGGGUGUGUGGUGGAGAUGGAUCAUCCUGCAGUUUGACCUCCGACUCCUACACCGCUGGUCAGGCCAGAGAGUACACCACCUUCCUGUCUCUGCCAGUGAACGCCACACAGGUUCAUAUUGUCAACAGGGCACCUCUCUUCACUCACAUGGCUGUAACAGUUGGGGAUCAGUACAUUCUGUCUGGGAGGGGCAUCAUGGCAUUGAAUAUGACUCACCCGAGCCCAUUGGAUGAUAACCGCCUAGAGUACCGCCUCCACCUGACCCCCGACCUUUUGCCUGAGGUGGAGGAGCUGCUGCUGCCCGGACCGCUGCAGGAGGAGAUGAACAUACAGGUCUAUCGCAAAUAUGGAAAAGAGUAUGGAGAGAAAACAAAUCCAGACAUUAGCUACCGGUUCUAUGUGCCCACCACAAACUUGACAGACAUCACACCUAAAGGCAAAUGGACCGUCUUCACGACACCCUGCUCUGUUUCCUGUGGAUCAGGAGUACAGAAGCAUGCAUAUGUCUGUGUAGAUGAAGACACCAACAACCACUUAGAGGAACACAACUGUGAAACACCUCCUCGUGUCACGCCUCUGCCCACGACCUGCCAGCUGGCCCCCUGCCCCCCCAGGUGGGAUGCAGGGACGUUUGGGCCCUGUAGCGCCUCCUGUGGUGGAGGAGAGAGAGUGCGUCCUGUAAGAUGUGUUCAGAAGCACGGCGCCGAGGUGGUGAAGGUUCCAGAUUCUGAAUGCACACCUGGCAAAGCGCCAACUUCUGUUGAAAAAUGCAACCCGCAACACUGUCCUGCCAGAUGGCGUGCAUCCGAGCCAGGGGAAUGUUCAGCAGUGUGCGGCCCGGGAGCAGCCAAACGCGUGGUGUCAUGCGUGCGGUCUGAGGACGGUCAGGAUGUUGAAGUGGAUCAAAGCUUUUGUUCAAAGCAGAUCAAACCACCUGAUUCUGUGCCCUGCGUGGUAGACGUUUGUCCCAUUGGCUGGGACUCUGAGGGACAGCAGGAGCAGCCGGUGCUCAAGUCCGGUUUGCUGCCACGCUCGAGACAGGCUCCUGUGUACGUCUGGAGUCCUGUUAUCAGCCACUGCUCAAAGACCUGUGGAAAUGGAACCCUGCAGGUGUGGUUUUCCUGUGUGGACCACCAGACCAGACUGGGGGUUCCUGACUUCCACUGUGAUGCUGCUACCAAACCUCCUCCUCAGGCUGAGACCUGCAACACGUCUCCCUGCCCUCCCAUGUGGCGCUCUAAGCAAGGAGUUUGCAGUGUAACAUGUGGAGGAGGGGUGGCCAACCGGGUGCUGUACUGUGCUGGAGAAACCGAGGGGGAGGAGAAGGUGGUGGAGGAUUCAGAGUGCAGCAACUUUCCCAAACCCACAGCAGUGGUUUCAUGCAACACCCACAGCUGCCCAGCGAGGUGGAAGGUAGUCAGGACGUCACCCUGCUCGGCGUCCUGCGAUCUGGGCGUAGCUGAGAGGACUGUGACGUGUGUCCAGUCCGUCCACGGCAGGGAGGGCGUGGUGCCGCAGGAAAACUGCCACGAGGCUGUCAAACCGGCCACCACAGUGCCCUGCCUGGUGCAGGUGUGCACCCUCAGAUGGGAAGUGAAACCAUGGAGCCAGUGUUCGGUUUCCUGCGGAUACGGGAUCCAGUCCAGGGCCGUGUCCUGCAUGGGACCCUCUAAGCCGGAGCCCCUCAGCCCUCUGCUUUGUAUGCACAUGCCAAAGCCCAUCACCGUCCAGGGCUGCAACAUGGGCAGCUGCAGAGAGGAGGGACCUCUCCCGUCCCCCACUCGGAGCCACGCUGAUGCACCAACACACCACAUGGGCCACAUCACUCUUCCAAGUCCAACAGAGGCCAUCACCAGCCCACAGACCACUCCAACGUCUAAACCCAGUGCAUGUGGACAGUUGCUCCUGGAAGAAUCGGGCACGGUGGACUUGAGGGAUGUUACCGGCCGUUGCACAGUAUCCAUAGGUCGGCCGCUAGACGAAGUCAUUCACGUUAAAGUGGAGUCUGGCACCUUGAACUGCAGAAAAAAGGAGUUCGUAGCUUUUUUUGAUCGACUGGCAUUUGUGAGGAAGUGCGAGCAGGUUGCAGGCAGUGAACUGACCACCAGAACCAAUGUCCUCCUGGUGCGUCAAAAUCUGCUCACGCCUGGAUACGGGGUCGCGUUCACCUACAGGUCGCAGAAGAACACGAAGAAGAGUCACCAUCAGGACUGUGACAUUCAGCUGUUCUCCGCAAACGGCGUCUUCGAGAAUCCAACGACGUCCGACGCUAACCACACCUGUCGGGUCCUCAUCAACGCCCCUCCCUCGGUGAAGAUCAGAAUCCAAGCGCUGCACAUAGGCCUCAACUCCACCAGCUCCCAGUCUGCAUACAUCAUGAUCCGGGACAUGGACGUCUUAAAGACCAACGUGUUCCAAGGCCAGCAGCUGUUUCUGUGGCACUCUUCUGGAAAUAUGGCUGAGAUUGAGUUUCAUGGAGACUACCUGCAUUUGGAAGGGAGCUUCAGAGCUGAAUAUUCCUUUACGCACCGCUGAUAUUAAGUUUAAAAAGGGACGCUUCACCCCAAAAUAUAGAUAAUACAUUCAUAUUUUUCCUCUUACCUGACGUAUCUACAGACGACAUCUCCAAAAGUCUGCAACUCACACCAAAACUGUCUGAAUGGACAAACAGCUCUACAGGUAAGAGGAAACAUGUAUUUUUGAUUUUAGAGUGAACUGUAGCAGUCUAAAAGAGGUGUGAAAGUUAUGUUUUACCAUUUCUUGAGUUUACAAUACUUGUAACAGCCAUGUGCUUCCAUUGUAUUGAUCAGAAUGACCAAAGGUGACUUAAGGAAGAUUCUUUUUUGUUAUGUGCUAAUUAUUCUGACCUGAAAUAAAUAAAAUAAGGCCAAAA